AUGAAGUCUCGCCAAAAUGCCACGACCUUGGAUGACCGCCUUGUUAAAGCUGCUGAUUUACAGACAGCUGCAGUUCUUCAAUGGGUUUUCUGCUUUCUCUUUGGAGCGCAGUGUUGUUUUUGUGUGUACGUUGUGAUCGUGUUGAAUGGAUACUGGCACGUGGCUGCUCUGUAUGCCCUGUGGCUCUACCUGGACUGGGACACACCUCAGGCUGGGGGCCGCAGGUCUGACUGGGUACGCCACUGGACCGUGUGGAAACACUUUGGAGACUAUUUCCCCAUCCAUCUGAUUAAGACAUGUGACCUAGACCCAGAAAGGAACUACCUGAUGGGGUUCCAUCCUCACGGAAUCCUGGUAGCCGGAGCGUUUGGCAAUUUCUGUACAGAAUACACAGGUUUCCAAGAGCUCUAUCCAGGAAUGACUCCUUACCUGCAUACCCUCAGCAUCUGGUUCGGCUUCCCAUUCUUCCGGGAGUACCUUAUGUCCUCAGUGAUUGGCGGGACGGCAGAGUCCCUGGAGGCCAGGCCUGGGAGCCUCAUCCUGGAGGCCCUCAACAGGAAGGGCUUUGUCAAGAUUGCUCUCAGGUGUGGGGCUCAUCUGGUGCCAGUGUUCUCCUUUGGGGAGAAUGAUCUGUUUAAUCAGCUGAAGAACCCGAAGGGCUCCCUGGUCCGUACCAUCCAGGAGGGCAUGAGGAAGACCCUGGGCUUCAGCCUGCCUCUGUUCCACACCCGGGGGGUCUUCCAGUACAGCUCGGGCUUCAUGCCCUACAGACAACCCAUCUACACCAUUGUGGGAGAGCCCAUAGUGGUGGAGAGGAACGUGAGCCCCUCAUCAGCUGAGGCAGACAGGCUGCAUGGCUGUUACCUGGAGGCGCUGGCUAAGCUGUUUGAGCAGCACAAGGCUGAGUACAGGAUCCUAGAGCACCAGCACCUCAUCUUCACCUGACCAGACCAAAUGAAGUCAGAUAGCACUACACUGUAGGAUUGGACCAUUCAACCAGCUCCUGACCAAUACACACUGAUACAGACUUUCAAACAAACAUAGUGCAAACAUACACAAAAGCACACAUGGGAAAUGGACACGUGCAUGCUUGCACACAUGUACAGUGAACACCCAUAUACACAAUCAAACGGCCAGUUGAGCGUUGGAAAUCCGCCUCAUUGCGCACCACUCUGGUGCUCCAUCUCCUUUCCACCCGCUCUCUAAAAACCCUUUCACGUUCAUUAAAAUCACAAUUUAACCAACACCCAUCUAUU